GCCUGCAAGGUCAGAGCUCGGGUUCUCGCUCGCUCUGACAUCGAUUGCUUGAGUCUGGCCGUCAAGAUGGCUGCUGCCGGGGAGUUUGUGAUUGUUCCUGAACUGUAUCAGCUGCUGGAGCAGGAUCCUUACCUCAAACCGUACCAGAAGGACUUUGAGAGGAGGUAUGCAUUGUGUUCUGAACGUUUGAAUAGCAUUGAAGGAAAUGAAGGCGGUUUGGAGAAGUUUUCACGAAGUUAUCAGUCUUUUGGAAUACAUUUACUUCCAGAUAAUGUUAUUUAUUGUAAAGAAUGGGCACCUGGAGCUGAGGCUGUUUUCCUUACUGGUGAAUUCAAUGACUGGAACCCAUUUUCACAUCCAUAUAAAAAAUUGGAUUUUGGGAAGUGGGAACUCCACAUCCCACCAAGAGAAGACAAAUCACCAAGCGUUUGGCAUGGAUCAAAACUAAAGGUAGUAAUAACCAGCAAAUCUGGAGAAACCUUGUAUCGCAUUUCACCCUGGGCAAAGUAUGUUUUCCGAGAGGAAAGUAGCAUUAUCUACGACUGGAUUUUUUGGCAACCACCACACCCUUAUAUACCUAAACAUGAUCGUCCAAGGAAACCAAAAAGCAUCCGCAUAUAUGAAUCGCACGUGGGAAUCGCCUCACCAGAAGGAAAAAUUGCAACAUAUAAAAACUUUACAUUCAAUGUAUUGCCGAGAAUAAAGGAUCUUGGCUAUAACUGCAUACAGUUGAUGGCAAUCAUGGAACAUGUAUACUAUGCAUGUUUUGGCUAUCAAGUCACUAGUUUCUUUGCUGCAUCAAGUCGCUUUGGGACACCAGAUGACCUCAAAGAACUUAUUGAUGUUGCCCAUUCAAUGGGAAUCUUAGUUUUGCUUGAUGUUGUGCACAGCCAUGCAUCCAAAAACAGUGAAGAUGGACUCAACAAAUUUGAUGGCACAGACUCCUGUUUUUUCCACAGCGGUCCUAGAGGAAACCACGAGCUAUGGGACAGCAGACUGUUUGAUUACUCCAACUGGGAAGUUUUAAGAUUCCUUCUAUCAAACUUGAGGUGGUGGAUUGAAGAAUAUGGUUUUGAUGGUUUUCGCUUUGAUGGUGUUACAUCCAUGUUGUACCACCACCAUGGUAUAGGAUGUGGAUUCUCUGGGGAUUACAGUGAAUAUUUUGGACUGCAAGUAGAUGAAGACUCCCUUGUAUAUCUAAUGUUGGCAAAUCACAUGAUCCAUUCUCUUUAUCCCAACUGCAUUACAGUUGCUGAGGAUGUGUCAGGAAUGCCUGCUCUGUGCUGCCCCACACAACAAGGUGGAGGUGGAUUUGAUUAUCGACUAGCAAUGGCUGUGCCUGAUAAAUGGAUUAAGAUUUUGAAAGAGAUGAAGGAUGAAGAUUGGAACAUGGGCGAUAUAGUCCAUACGCUGAUCAACAGAAGACAUAAUGAAAAGUGCAUUACGUAUGCCGAAAGUCACGACCAAGCCUUGGUUGGAGAUAAGACAUUGGCAUUUUGGUUAAUGGAUGCAGAGAUGUAUUCUAAUAUGAGUGUGGAGUCGCCUUUAACUUCUGUCAUUGAUCGUGGAAUUCAACUCCAUAAAAUGCUGCGUCUGAUAACCCAUUCACUUGGAGGAGAAGGAUAUCUCAAUUUCAUAGGAAAUGAAUUUGGGCAUCCAGAAUGGUUAGACUUCCCAAGGAAAGGGAACAAUGAAAGUUACCAUUACGCUAGAAGACAAUUUAAUUUAAUUGAUGACCAUUCUCUACGGUACAGACAGCUUUAUAAUUUUGACAAAGACAUGAAUCAUUUAGAAGAAAAAUUUGGUUGGUUGGCUGCACCUCAGGCCUAUGUCAGUGCGAAACACCAAGAUGAUAAGAUUAUUGCAUUUGAAAGGGGAAAUCUUCUCUUCAUCUUUAAUUUUCAUCCAUACAAAAGCUUCACCGGAUACAGAGUAGCUGUAAACUCACCAGGGAAGUAUAUGAUAGCUCUGGAUACUGAUUUAAAGAUGUACGGAGGGCACCAAAGAAUAGAUCACAGGACAGAAUUCUUUACUGAAAAUUUACCAUUCAAUAACCGUCCUUACUCACUGUUGAUCUAUAUUCCAUGCAGAGUGGCUCUUGUUCUCCAAAAUAUGGAAAACCGCUGAGGACCUGUUUUAGAAGUAGAGGAAUUCUCAAAAAAAAAAAAAAAAACCUGUCUUCAAACAUUCUCAGUGUUAUUCACAGAAUUCCAAUCAAUAAUAAUCAUAUAUAUUGCAUCAUCCCACUAACUAAAACCAUUUACAGUAAUCAAAAAGGGGGGGAGCACAUGUUAACAUCUGUUUUUUUUUUUUCAAUUUCCAAUGCCUUAGAUGUCUUUGUGAUAUAUGUUGUGUUAGGACAAUAAUUCUGUACUGAUAUUUGUCUAUCCCUUUGUAAUGCAGGUGUUAAUCUUAAAAAUAAUGGUAAUGAAAUAAUACUUUGCCCAACUAAAGAGUAUUUUUUUAUUAUUAUUUCUAGGUGUAUGUGUUGUUUAUCGUUCUGUCUCCAAUGUGCUGCUCUUCCCUUUCGUAAACAAAGUAUGCCAGCUUUAUAUUAAUUUGAACAAAUAUACUUGAUUUGAAAUCAAAAUAUAUUCUUAUAGUACAUGUUUGCAAAUGUAUAAUUUUUAGAAAGAAAUAUAAUUAUUUUUGUAACCACACAUUAAGUUGGUUCGUUUUUAUUUAUAGCAAUACAACCACUGGAAUAGUAGAUUACUCUGCAAAUUAUUGUCUAUUGUACCAAUAACCCUGCUUAGCAUAUUAGGCAGGUACAUUCUAAGGCACUGGUGGUCCAGGACAAAACAUUUAAUACUUGUCUCCCUCCAGUGGGUUCAUGUGUAAGAAACCAGUUAAAAAUUGUUUGGGUUCCUUCUAUGUUUCUUGUCACCCAUCCCCAGACAGGUUUCCUUUUUUGCAGCUCCAGAUAUUUUUCCACCAGCUGUGGGAUAUGGUUAUGGGGAACCACUUAGAAAAGGGUACCUUGGCAGAUAUACAUUGCUCAUCGCAGAAUAUAUCCCUAAAUAUAAGAACUGGUUUGUAGAUUGUGCUGUAUUGACAGAAAUUAUUCACAAUAUUAAGUGCUCCACGACAUAGUUGAAAAUCACAGAUUAAAAAAUAAAUAAAAAUUAGGACUAAUAUCCCAUUUUCCUGGAGUAAAUAUCACAUGGAACCAUUGCAGGGUUUUGUUUCCCUGAC